AUGGGAAAUUCUGUAUCAAGAGCAUUAGGUAAAUUGUUUGGAUCUCGUGAGAUGAAAAUUCUCAUGCUAGGUCUUGAUAAUGCCGGUAAGACAACAAUCCUCUACAAGUUGAAGCUAAACAAAAUUAGGACAUCAGCACCAACGGUUGGAUUCAAUGUAGAAACUGUGUCAUACAAAAAUGUCAAAUUUAACAUGUGGGAUGUUGGUGGACAAGAAAGAUUAAGACCGCUUUGGAGGCAUUAUUUCCCUGCGACCACAGCAUUAAUAUUUGUUAUUGACUCUCAUGACAAGGAAAGAUUACAAGAGGCCAAGGAAGAACUAUAUGCAAUUAUAAGUGAAAAAGAGAUGGAAAAUGUGGUUUUGCUAGUUUGGGCUAAUAAACAGGAUUUGAAAGGAUCAUUAAAGCCACAGGAAGUUUCGGACUAUCUAGAAUUAGGUCAAAACUUGAAAAAUCAGCUUUGGUGCGUCGUUGGUAGUAAUGCACUAACGGGACAAGGUCUAGUAGAGGGUUUAUCAUGGAUCUCUAAUAAUACCCCAAAGAAAUGA